AUGUCGGACAAAAUUACCAUUGACCCCGAUUUCUACACCCUGACGAAAGAUUGGGAGCCCGUUGACUUCGAGUCAGAAACUACAUCUCUUGCGUCGACGAUCGCAAGAGUCUUCAGCCACCUCAUGUUCCUUUUGCUAGAGUAUCGGGAGAAGUGUCCUCUUCAUCUAGCUCCUCUGUCCAAAUCCCCCACGCAUAUCCUAGACAUUGGCACCGGCAAAGGCACCUGGGCUAUAGACAUUGCUGAUCAAUAUCCGUCGGCGACUGUCCGUGGUGUUGAUAUUUUCCCACCUCCCGUGACUUGGAUGCCACCAAACUGUAUAUUCGAAGUAGAUGAUAUCUUACGUGAAUGGACGUGGGAAAAGCUAUUUGACUUCAUUCACCUCCGCUUGAUGCUGGGCGCAUUUACACCAGAAGGGUGGCAGCAAGUUUACAAACAGUGCUAUGAGUCUCUUGCUCCAGGUUGCUGGAUUGAGCAGAUUGAACUGGACGUCCGAGUGUAUAGUGACGAUGGUUCUUUGAAGAGCGAUAGCUAUUUGGCUGGCUGGGGUGAUAACUUUAUUGGUUGCUCUGAGCGAGCUGGUCGCUCGCUCCUAAUACAGGAGACAAUGCGAUCUUCCAUGGAGAAGGCUGGGUUCGUUGAUACCCACGAGAAACUUUACAAGAUACCUCUGGUGUCCCUGGCCAAAAGACAAGGCUGGGCUCUAUGGCUCCUCACCAAGUUUGGAGCGCCCUCUCCGCGGAGUAAUGGGGAGGUUCAGGUCUAUCUAGCCAAUGUCAGAUCCGAAUUGAGGAACCCCCGCACUCAUGCCUAUGAACUCGCUCGCAGGGUCUGGGCCAGAAAGCCAACUGAGGAGGAGCUUCGAACGCGGCCCGAGGUCAAACAGAGCCCCUGUGAAUAG